UGAAAUUUUUGAAUUAAGUAUUAAUAUUUUUUAUUGUCUAUAAUUGACUUGAAUGAGUUUUAUUAAAAUGGGGGAAAUAUCGUUUUGAAGCAAUAUCUUUUGUUGUUCUUCAUCUACCUGUUCAUCUACUUCUAUAUGUGGUUCUACCUGGUGAAUUAGCUUCCUUUAAACUUAUGUGAGAAUCACCUUUCGCUAAAAAAUUAGGAGGGCUUCCAAAUAAUAGGACUCUCUCCAACUCCUUAGUAGGCUCAUAAGCCAAUUCCCAUUUUAGUUAAUAUUUAGGAAGUUGACUAUUAACAUACACGCAGAAAAUUUCUGUUCUCUGUCAGACUUUAAUUGACCUCUAGGAAAAUUAUUAUAGUUGAAGAAUUUGGAGGCCAUCCUCAUGUCUUUGAUAUAAAAAUUGUCUUAGCAGAUUUGCCACUUUGGAAAUGUUUUCCCUAUAUUCAUUUGAAAAAAAAAAACCUGAUAUAUUUUUCAAAGUUCUUUAGCAUUCCUAUAAAUAAUUUUCCUUUUUGUGUGUAAUGGGGAUCUGUAUAUAGUAGGAUACAGGCAGCAUGUGAUGUGCGCAUCAAGCCUUUUAAAACAGGAGUAGGAACUUUUUUUAUUAUUUGCUUUACUGCUUAUAAAGCAUGUGGUACACACUUUUCUACUCUUGUUAAUAUCUGUUCAUGUAUCCCUAGAAAUAUUUUUUCACACUGUUGCAUGUUGUUGCACUACUUCUUUCCUGUUUGCCAUUUGAAGUGUUAAUGUACUAAGAGCAACCCCUUGGAACCUUCAGUGUGCCUUUUUCUGUUAACUUCAUUUUUGAAAAUUAAAUUUUGCAGUUUCAUUUUUUUACCGCCAGACUUCUUUUCUUUAGGUUUAUUCUAAACAGAAUGGGUAAGACUUUUGAAGGCCUUUUUUGAUUUUUAGUGUUUACCUGAAUAAUCUCACAUUUUAGUCAUUCUAAAUUGAAUUCAUAUACUUAGGUAGGAUUUUAUUAUGUUAAUGGCUCUAUUUAAAACAAACCUCUUGUCACAGAGUCAUUGUUCAGAAGUGGACUUCUCAAAGAAAGUACCAUGUUUAUUUACGUAUUUUUUUGGUCCUUAGUAAUAGCUAGCACCUGUUACAACUUGGAAAGUAGAACAUUAUGGUUCCUGUUCUUUUGGUUAUCUGAGUAUGAUUGAUAGUACAUUUUCACCCCCAGAAUUACAGUAUAGUAUAGAAUUUCUAUAGAUAACUAGUGUACAUAUUGAAUUAAGAAAAAAAAAAGCCUUGGAGUAAGCUGUUUCUGUUAGAAUAGUGGAGAGCCAUAUAACUUUGCUCUAAACUAAGCCUGAUGAAGAAAGACAUAUUUAUAGCUUAAAAUACAUGCGCGCGCACACACACACUGAGUAGAAAAUGAAACUGGAUUUUCAGCUUGGUAGUGACAUUUAAGUCAUUUUUAAGAUCCUUAAAGUCUCGUAGUUUUUAUAUAUGUUCCCCUUUAUCUAAAGCUAGAGACAUGCAAGUCCAUUCAUUUACAAAGUUGAAUAGUAAAACUUUUUAAAACACUCACAAAAACUGCAAAUUUGAUAUUUUGUCCAAAACAGUGUUUAAAUCUAAUUUUUUGUUGUCAUUAAUGUUUCGAAUGUGAUCAAUUCCUAAAUUGUAGUGCAAAUUUUAUAUAUGUUUAACUUCAUUUUGUCUGACUAACAUUUCAGGUAACUACAGUUUACAUCUCACUCCAUUUAAAAACAUUGUUUCAUGUUUGGUGUCUGUUUUCUUUUCUGUGUUACAACUUUCUGCUAACAAAAGAACAUUUUUCCUGCAUUCUUCCUGUGUUUCACACUGUUAAUAGGUGUAUUCUGAGAUGAAUUUAGGUAUAUUCUGAGGUGAAAACUGCUAUGGCAAUUUAAAAGUAUUUUUACUUCCCUCUCUACAUAUUUUGAUUCUUUAUGGGGAUGGGUGGGGGCGGUAGAUGGUUUGGUUUCUUUAAAGUUCUCCCCACCACCCCCACCCCAAGAUGAGAAAGUUGAUAUUAUGCUACUUUGCUGCAGAAUUGGCUAAUGUCAUUUUACAGGGACCUUUCAUUUCUGUGAUUUCUCCUUCCCUCCCCACCAGGAAAGAAUGCCAUACAUAAGUCACACUGCCUCCAAGACAUCUGAUGCUUUGACACUCUUCCUUAGCACAACUCUGCUAAGCCCAAAUCCCUUUUGUAUACCUUAUGUUGGUGAUCCACAUGGGGCAGCAGGGAUUACAAGUGCCACGAAUAAAAAUAGAGGGCAAAGAAUUUGAGGCCUGUUAGAGAGGGGUGAGUUGAGGUGAACUGAUCCUAGGUGAGCAGAGGGGAAAGGGACAUCAAUGAUAAUGAAUGUAAUUGGGGGGAAAGGGAAAUAAUAGCAAAAGAAUCCCCACUGGGAAGAAUAAGAAAGCAGAAAAAAAGUGAACGGGGUACUACUAUUAUCAAUUUCAAUGACUUAAACUAGUUGUUAAAAAUUGAUUUUCUUUUGGGGACCAGUGCUGAAGCAUCCUGAUUGCCUAGAGUAUGUGCAUCUUUUCUAAAGUUGACAAUUGGAUUCUGUAAGAAAUAUAUAUGCAGUGGAGUUCUCUAUGUCUACGCCCUUAGGAUGUUUCUAGGUUGUUUAUUCUCUGUUGAUGCUUAGUAGCAUGAAAAACAGCAGUGUGUGCUCUCUUGAGUUUGGGGGUGGGGGUUUGUUUUGUUUUCUUUGGAUGGAAGUACUUAAGCCAACUUAAAUAUGAUGACUGAGGAUUAAGUCUGGCAGGCAACUCUGUAUUUUGUACUAGACUUCAAAAUCUUUUCUUCUUCUUCUUCUUCUUUUUUUUUUUAAAUCCAGGAGAAUGCUUUAUUGCAACUUUUAGCUGACUAGAUGCUUAACUUAGUAACAAGUUUAGCCCUUGUAACUGGCUAGCUAAAAGCAAAUCGGCUUGUUUCUCAGAUCUUUGGGGGAUAGCAAGAAACAUUUGAGUGAAUGUUGUUGAAGAUUUUCAGUAGUAUAGAAAAUGAUGGCGCUCUUGUGAUAUUUGUAAGUACAAGCAAGGAUUUGGCACAGACAUCCUAUUUCAUGGCUACCAACAGUCUACACCUUACUACCUUCUGUCUUCAGUACAAACCAACAGUGAUAGCAUGUGUAUGUAUUCAUUUGGCUUGCAAAUGGUCCAAUUGGGAGAUUCCUGUGUCAACUGAUGGAAAACAUUGGUGGGAAUAUGUCGAUCCUACAGUUACUCUAGAAUUACUAGAUGAGCUAACACAUGAGUUUCUACAAAUAUUGGAGAAAACACCUAGUAGGUUGAAGAGGAUUCGAAACUGGAGGGCCAAUCAGGCAGCUAAGAAACCAAAAGUAGAUGGACAAGUUUCAGAAACGCCACUUCUUGGUUCAUCUUUGGUCCAGAAUUCCAUUUUAGUAGAUAGUGUUACUGGUGUGCCUACAAACCCGACUUUUCAGAAACCAUCUACAUCAGCAUUCCCCGCACCAGUCCCUCUAAAUUCAGGAAAUAUUUCCGUUCAAGACAGCCAUACAUCUGAUAAUUUGUCCAUGCUAGCAACAGGAAUGCCAGGUACCUCAUACAGUUUGUCAUCACACCAAGAAUGGCCUCAGCAUCCAGAGUCAGCAAGGACAGAACAGAUGUAUUCACAGAAACAAGAGACCUCUUUGUCUGGUGGCCAGUACAAUAUCAACUUCCAGCAAGGACCUUCUGUAUCACUGCACUCGGGAUCACAUCACAGACCUGACAGAAUUUCUGAUCAUUCAUCCAUUAAGCAAGAAUAUACUCAGAAAGCAGGAAGCAGUAAACACCAUGGACCAAUUUCUGCUACCCCUGGAGUCAUUCCUCAGAAAAUGUCUUUAGAUAAAUACAGAGAGAAACGUAAGCUAGAAACCCUUGAUCUGGAUGUAAGAGAUCAUUAUCUAGCCGCCCAGGUAGAACAGCAGCACAGACACGUGCAGUCACAGUCAGCCAGCAGCAGUUCUGUCACUUCUCCCAUUAAAAUGAAAAUUCCCAUCACAAACCCUGAAAAACCUGAAAAAUACAUGGCAGAUAAGAAGGAAAAGAGUGGAUCACUGAAAUUACGGAUUCCAAUACCACCCACUGAUAAGAGUGCCAGUAAAGAAGAACUGAAAAUGAAAAUAAAAGUUGCUUCCUCAGAAAGACAUAGCUCUUCUGACGAGGGCAGCGGGAAGAGCAAGCAUUCCAGCCCACAUGUCAGCAGAGACCAUAAGGAGAAACACAAGGACCAUGCCACAAACCGCCACCACCCUAGCGGCCACAAGCAUUCCCACUCCCACAGUGGCAGCAGCAGCAGUGGCAGCAAACACAGUGCCGACGGAAUCCCGCCCACUGUUCUGAGGAGUCCCGUUGGCCUGAGCAGUGAUGGCAUUUCCUCUAGUUCCAGCUCUUCGAGGAAGAAGCUGCAUGUCAAUGAUGCCUCUCACAACCAUCACUCCAAAAUGAGCAAAAGUUCCAAAAGUUCAGGUAGUUCAUCUAGUUCUUCCUCCUCUGUUAAGCAGUAUAUAUCCUCUCACAACUCUGUUUUUAACCAUCCCUUACCCCCUCCUCCCCCUGUCACAUACCAGGUGGGCUACGGACAUCUCAGCACCCUCGUGAAACUGGACAAGAAGCCAGUGGAGACCAACGGUCCUGAUGUCAAUCACGAGUACAGUACAAACAGCCAGCAUAUGGACUACAAAGACACAUUCGACAUGCUGGACUCGCUGUUAAGUGCCCAAGGAAUGAACAUGUAAUCAUUUGUCUAGGUCCAUUUUUUCCUUUCCUUUUUUAAUUUAAAAAUGGUUAUAAUGGAAAACUUCCUCCUGAUCUAGCAGUGGUGACACCUGCUUUGCUGCCACUGCUUCGAGAUUUGUAAGUGCUGCUUUGUUCUUCAUUCUGAAAAGAAGAGAUUAUAGUAAACAAGUCUUUAUCUCCACAUAUGAUAGUGUUAUAAAUACUGUAAAAGCAUGGAAGGUGCAAAACUCAGUAUUUCUACAGUUGCAGCUAAGAACAUUAGGAUGAAUGGCUGGCUGCUUCUAGGAAUAUAAGAUGCCUCAAGCAUUCAUUAUUUAUAAUUUAAAUACUGUAGCUAUUUUAUGUUGUUGUUGCUUGGCUUUUGAAUGAGUGUACAUUGUUUUCUUUUUGUGUAUUUAUACUUGUAUGUAUGAUUUGCAUGUUUCGAUGAUAAAGGGAUAAAACAGUAUACUGACAACUGUUUACAAGAAAGUGGAGAAAAAUGUACAUACAUUUUUGUAUGUUUAGAUAUUACCAUAAAUACUCAGGAUUGGAGCUGCUUGUAAGUAUAACAAUAUAACUUUAUUUUAUCUUGUCAGAGUCCAUCACUAAUCUAAAACAAAGGUGGCACUUUUUCAUGUUAACCUUAACUCUAGGCCUUACUGGAAGCCACUGAAGGGGGACACUUCACUACAGAUGGGUAUGCAGUGCCACAGAUGGUCAUUUAUUUACACUGUGAGGCACUGAACUUUUGCCUUCAGAGCUUCUGACCAGGUUGGCUGCCGAAAUAGCCCCUAUUUUCUGAAGGCUUGAAGAGGAAAAAAUAAAGUUUACAUACUCUUGAUGUGAAGUGCAUUUUAAAUGUGUGUUGGCUUGUUGCAGUACUAUAAACACAGAGCUGUUAAUAAUGGUUAUGUAGAUUACUGUGAUUUGAAAACUAAACUCACAAAAACUUAUAUAGUGAAGAAUUAGUAAGGUUUUUUUCUUAAAUAAAGAACUUUAACACUACAUAUUUUACCAGUAAACAGGGAUUGCUUUUCCUUUAGUGUUCAGAAUGACACCGUAUUCUUAAACAUACUCCUCCCCUGAAGUGUGUUCGUGUGUGAUGCCAUAUUUCUUUUUCAGGUAAAUGCAGUCUUCCUUAUAGAAAUGAAACUAAACUUGUUGCUCUCUCAGUUCUUUUAUAUUCUAACAAUAAAUAAUAAAGGAAAGAUCAUUGACUGUGCAUUGUACCUGUGUUUACAGCUUAUGGUUGUUACCAGGAAGCUCUGUGAGAGAAAAAAGGGUUAGCCUCCAGGCGAACAGCUAGUGGAGGUUUUCCAUUUGUUUGCACAUCUCAAUCUAUUCCUGUUGAGGUCCUGUUUGCACAGUCAUCUAACUUCUGAACAAACAAUAGACUUUAACUUGUUUAAAAUUUGUCUGAAACACCAAUGAUGUGGCUCCAGUUUAUCAGCUAAUCUUGAAUUUAUUCUGUGGUAAAUCUUUGAGCUGUUGAGUAUCUUUAGAUGGGGUGAAUUCAACUUUUGUUGAAAUGAAAACUGUCUUAAUUUUUUCCUCUAUGUAUAUGAAUUAUUUUUGUUACAAAGCCACUGAUAUGUGCACAAUUGUAAUUUUACUCAAGUAUGUUGCAGUUGUAAAUAUUAGAGAGUUUAAUCUCGUGCUUUACUUUAUUUAGCAAUUACUUAAUUUGCCAGUAGCUUUAUAAUUUUUUUAAGAUAAUUGUUCAUUAUUUUGUCAAUGCUAUUUGAACUUAGGAUACUAGGAGCCUCUUUCUAGGGACUUUGCCUAGGGAGCAUAUCCUAACAUUUGUUCUUUGUCUUGCAUAACUUUAGUAAUCUUUGUCAUUACGUGUAACUUUGUUGCUCUGUAUGGCAUAUUAUUGUAUCCAUAAACACGGUAAUUUUGAUACAGUUCUACUUUUACAGUGGUACAUAAUCCAAGGACUAGUAUAGAAUUAAGCUGAUGCAAGAUGAGGGAGGGAAGGGUUUUGUUCUUGGUAAUUUAGAUGUGAAACCUCUAAGGAGCUAUCAUGUGAAACGACAUAGGGUGGUUGUGCUACUGUAUAAUUGGGGAUGAUAAUACCAGGAAUUUUAAUAAGAUUUUGUAAAGAAUAUCCAAAAAAGUAGUGAACUUAUUUUCAGUAUGACAUAGAAACAAUGUGAAUAUUUAAGGUCUGUGACUAUACUUAAACUUCACUAACAAUCUGCAGAACUGUUUCGAGAUGUGGGAAUAAAGGUAAUUUUGUUGAAUCUUUAUUGGUGCUAAUGAUGGACAGUUUAAAAGGUAGCUAGUAUAUAUUGUUAUGGGUCAGUACUUACUAGUACUUCCAGAAUUGAAUUUGAAAUGCUAUGUAUUCACUUUUCACUCUGUAAAUGUAAUUCUUUACGAUGACUUUAUUUAUUAAAGGGCAGCCAGUUGUAAUUUGUACAGGAUUGUGUGAGCUAUUCAAACUCUUUAACCUCUGAACAGGAUUAUAGCUUCCAAAUCCAUCAUGGGGAUGAAUAUGAAAAUUCUUUUAAGUUUCAUUUCCAUUAAAUGAAAACCCCUAUUACUCAUAUUACCAUUAAUUUGCUUUACCCAUCUCAUUUACAUAAAAUAGUUCAUCAGCCUAGUCCCAAUAGGCUCAACCAAAGAAAAAGACUCCAAUGAAUGGACAUUAUUACCGAGUCUUCUUGUAAGUAGCCAUAAAUAAACCAAAAUAGUAUCAUCAGAUUUAGGUAUGAAAUUCCAUAUGUGCAAAGUACUGUUAAGGUGAUUUACAUUUUUGAUGAGAUUUUUUUUUUAAUAUUUGAAAUAUUAAAAUGCAUUAUCUUUAAA